UGUGUUUUGAUUUCAUCGUGGAAGAAAAAUGAAAAAUAGAAAAAAUACGAAAAAGGGUCCCACAAUCUCUCCUACCGGUGGGUGGAUCACUACAUCUCAGCUUCUCAGUCUUCUUCUCCUCGUCUUUUGCGUAAACUAUUAAUUAAUAGCGACGUUUUCAUAUUCUUUUAUUCAUUCUUAUUUCUCCCUAACUUCUUCUCUCUCUCUGAUUCCCUAUACCCAGCUCUACUCUUCAGUCUUCAAUUACAAACAGUUUGUGAAAAUGGUGAAGAUUUGCUGCAUUGGGGCUGGUUAUGUGGGAGGACCUACUAUGGCUGUGAUAGCUCUCAAGUGCCCGAAGAUUGAAGUUGCUGUGGUUGAUAUCUCGGUGUCUCGAAUCAAUGCAUGGAACAGUGACCAGCUUCCGAUCUAUGAACCUGGCCUUGAUGAUGUUGUGAAGCAAUGCCGUGGGAGGAACCUUUUCUUCAGCACCGAGGUUGAGAAGCACGUUUCUGAGGCCGACAUUGUCUUCGUCUCCGUCAACACCCCAACUAAAACCAGGGGUCUUGGAGCUGGCAAAGCUGCAGAUCUAACCUACUGGGAGAGCGCUGCUCGUAUGAUUGCUGAUGUUUCGAAAUCAGAUAAGAUUGUUGUUGAGAAAUCGACUGUUCCGGUGAAAACUGCUGAGGCCAUUGAAAAGAUCUUAACCCACAACACCAAAGGAAUCAAAUACCAGAUCCUGUCAAACCCCGAGUUCCUUGCUGAAGGUACUGCAAUUCAGGACCUUUUUAACCCUGACAGGGUUCUCAUUGGUGGCCGAGAAACCCCAGAAGGCCUUAAGGCGGUCCAAGCACUGAAGGAUGUUUAUGCUCAUUGGGUUCCGGAGGAGAGGAUCUUAACCACCAAUCUUUGGUCUGCUGAGCUUUCUAAGCUUGCUGCUAACGCCUUUUUAGCGCAGAGGAUUUCAUCCGUCAAUGCUAUGUCAGCGCUCUGUGAGGCUACUGGGGCAGAUGUUACCCAAGUCUCGUAUGCUGUCGGUAAGGACACUAGGAUCGGGCCCAAGUUUUUGAAUGCUAGUGUUGGUUUUGGUGGGUCUUGCUUCCAGAAAGACAUUUUGAACUUGGUGUACAUCUGUGAGUGCAAUGGCCUUCCUGAGGUUGCUGAGUAUUGGAAACAGGUCAUAAAGAUCAACGAUUACCAGAAGAGUCGUUUUGUGAACCGGGUUGUUUCCUCCAUGUUCAACUCAGUUUCAAACAAGAAGAUUGCUGUCCUUGGAUUUGCAUUCAAGAAAGAUACAGGUGACACUAGGGAGACUCCUGCCAUUGAUGUGUGUAAAGGAUUGUUGGAAGAUAAGGCGAGGUUGAGCAUCUAUGACCCACAAGUUACCGAAGACCAGAUUCAGCGAGAUCUCACCAUGAAGAAGUUCGAUUGGGACCAUCCCAUUCACCUUCAGCCCACAAGUCCCACAACUGUGAAGCAAGUGAGUGUGGUUUGGGAUGCUUAUGAAGCCACCAAAGAUGCUCAUGGUUUGUGUAUCCUAACAGAAUGGGAUGAAUUUAAGAAACUCGAUUACAAGCGGAUUUUUGACAACAUGCAGAAGCCCGCUUUUGUGUUCGAUGGAAGAAACGUAGUGAAUGCAGACGAGCUGAGGGAGAUCGGCUUUAUUGUGUAUUCGAUUGGUAAGCCUUUGGAUUCAUGGCUCAAAGACAUGCCUGCUGUUGCUUAGGAAUCGAAUCACUCCAAGAAGUUGUUAUCGGGAUACAGACUUGGAAACUCAUUUCAGGAUUCAAUUAUAGAAUUAUUCUUUCAUAUCUAAUGCUCUUCUAAGCUGUUGUACUUUUAAAAUUUUCUUUCUUCGGUUUUGUUUUCUGCUAUUGAUCUCCCACACCCGAAGGAUCCUCAACAAGGAAUACUGCCAUCUUUGCAUUUGCAUAUGGUGUGUAUCUAUUUUUACGUUGAACUGUUUGUAUGAUGCUGCAGCCCUGUCUUUUGCUGCCUUAGAUAGAAUGAUUAAUCGCCAUUUUUGUUAAAUGGUUCUUUAAAGAAUUUGC